GUACGAAGUUCUUGUUCUAAAUAAUUUAUUAGAUAUUGAUUUGUUUCCUAAAUAGCAUUUGACAAAAAUAAGAUACUGAAGUUGUAGCAGUAUAAUAAUAUUACAAAACGGAUUGCAAUACAUCGUAAAUAAGUGUUUGGAUAGAUUACUGAUCUAUCGCUAUGUGAAAAUUAAAUCACCGAUAAUUUAUACCAGCUGAAUAAGUGAGACGAUUGUGUUCUGUUACUUUACAUGUUAUAUCAUUAGUUUGGUAUUGUAGGUUUGUGUUUGGGGUUUUAUAAUUACAGUAAUUAUUAUCAAAUGUAUUUGGUUUUUCAGUCAAACAAAAUGAGCGCACAAAAAGGAAUGCCCCUGAACAGAGAGGAAGUAAUGGGGCUGUUAGAAUUAGUGGCAGCUACACCAGUGGUCUACAGCAAAGGGACCAACGCAGCUAGCAAUCGUAUGAAAGAAGCAGCAUGGAUUCAAAUUACAGAAAAGUUUAAUUCUUUAAUAUCCACUAAUCCUCGGAAGCCAGAACAAUUGAGACUGAAGUGGGAGAAUUUAAAAAAGGGAGCGCGGAAGAGAAGUCACCGAAUUGCUAUGAAUUAUAAAUUACAGACGAGAGGUGGCAGGCCAGAGUUUAUACCACCAGAUGAGGUGCUGGACAAAGUAUCGGAUAUACUAGGUGAAUCAAUAGAUGGCAGUGUAGUCCAGUUUGUUGGUGAAGGUGUAGAGAAUAUGGGAGAACCUAUGGAGGAGAUCGGAUAUCAGGAGGAGCCUGUUGUGGGCAUGCCUUUUACUCAAGAAUCAUCAGAUAAUUCAGAAUCACAACCACAACCGAGCGCUUCAAAUAGUAAUUUUUUCUGUAACACUGAAAAUGAAGGAAAACAGAAAAGCAAAACUCUCUCUUAUAGAUUAAAAGAAUCAGUUAUUCGGAGAAAUAAUGCCAUAGCCCAAUACUAUGAAACUAAAAAGAGAAAUGAGGAAGAGCUAUUUCAGUUACAAAAACGCAAACUAGAAUUGGAACUCUCACAAAAAAAUGGGAUCAGUGAAAAAAGUAACUGAAAACAAAAAAUAUAAUCAAUGAUUAUUCAAAAUUGGCAGCUAUGAAACCUAUCAGUUAAAAGUAAUACAUGCAGAAACUACAAAAAAUAGAAAUAUCCACUUGAAUACCUCAUUAUUUUUAUAAAAAGAAAAAUAUUGUUAACAAACUCAAUAUAAAUAAAUAUUUGUUUAUUUUUAA